AAUAACCAUGCAACAUUUUUAAAUAAUCAAUAUUAAUAUUACAAGAGUGACAUAUUUUUAAUUAUAUAAUCUUGAUUUUUGAAAUAAAUGCUUUUUUUUUUCGGAUGAGGUUGUACUAACCAGCGAAAUGAUUUUUUUUCCGUAUCUAAACUACCGCGUUAUUAUUUUCCUGCCUAGUAUUUUGUUAGUACAAUAUAUAGUACACAAUAUAUAGUGCACAAAAUAAUUUAUUACGGUUGUGGCAAACAACAGUUAACUGGUGUCACUGCUACAAAAGUUUAACAUUAUUUAGCCAAACUUGUGUUGUGAAUGUAUUACACUGAAAUAAAUAAUAAAAUCACUUCAGGCUAUAUAAAAAAAAAGAUUGUCAAAAUUAAAUGAUAUCGUAGCUUUCGUCCAUUCGAAACCUAAAUUGGGCGGAGACAAAACAAAAUACAGAAAAAAACUUAUUUUGUAAUAAAUGAGGCAAUAAAAUUAGUUAUAGGUAUCUAAUUUCUUAAUUUAUUUACUUGAAUGAAAAUAAAUUUGCCAUUAGAAUCAUCAUUUGUUGAUAACCGCCGUUCUAACAAAAUGUAAAACUCAGAUUAACGUAUAUUUCCGUAUACAUAGCCUACUUUAGCAAAAUAUCUCCAGAGUGACGUCACAAAUUGCUAGCCAGUGAAAGAGAAAGGUGCGCAAAAGGAUACAUAUAUAACUUCACGAUGAUUCACCCGUUAUGUUCACAGUUGACAGAACAGAAGAACGAAUGAAUAUCAAGCAAUGAUUUGUGUAACAUUUUCUUAAGUGUUAUGAGUACGUAAUAAAUAUUCUCGCAGAAACUGUAUGGUGUUAUGUAUUGCGAUGAACAAAUUUCAUUUGUGGCACCAUCUUAAUAAAAUUGUUGUGAAACAUGCAUCCUCAAAUUCUUGCACUGAAGUGCAAAAAUUGUGUUGCAUUAGCGAACAUAUUUUUGUGCUUACAAGCUCACACAGUUUGUUUUGUGGAGAGUACGAUGCGAACAGUCAGUGCGUGACUCUUCAACAGACGGACAUAUCAGCAGUGGAUAUAUCAUGCAACAGAGAUUCGCUGUACUUUGUGAGCUGCGCGGGCAGGUUGUUCCGGACGGGUGCCGCGCUCCGUGGCAUGGAGGAGAUAGCGCUGAGGGAGGACGUGAGGUGCUGCAUGCACGGCUACACGACGCCUGGGCGGGACGUGAAAGUCCGGCAUGUGGCUGCAGGCGACGAGGGCUGCCUGUACGUCACGGACGCGGGCCAACUGUGGGCCUCGGGCCACCAUCCUCAGCUCAGCAUCCAGAGUGACGUCCCCAGGAAGGUGAUGUUUUUUGAGAACCGCUGCGUUUUGUCCGCAUGCUGUGGUUCGGACUUCUACCUGGUGCUCGUGUGCAAACCAGAACUGUGCCCCUCGGAGAAAGAUGAAACGGACGUGGACGACGAGGAAGGGAACGAGGUGUUUCUGCCGGGUUGCCCGCAGUGCAUCGGCGAAAGGGCAUGUUCCCCCACGUCGGCUCACUCCGUAUCGGAGAUGUGUCCUCUGGGCCUGCCCGUCCGGCACUUGGACGAGGAACAGUACUCGUCAUCGACGCCCAGUAGAGAUAACAGCGCAGACGAGAAGAAAAGCACCGACGAUUCUACUUCCUUUUCAACGGAGGACAGGGCAGCUCAGCAGAAAUUUUACCAGCCUCAUAUGUUGAGUAGCAUAGAGUUCGAAGCGCAUCGUGAAGUGCCAGUGGAGAAGGAUAACGAACAGCAGGCUGAGAGUAAAACUGUCGUGGAUUCAUCAGAAACGAAGGGAGAGCCACCCACGGUGCCCGAAGUAGAUAAUGGUGUGAAAGAAGACCGGAAGAAUGAAUUUUUCAUCAACACAGAUGCAGCGCGUCAAUUCCUCACGCGUCAGCUGUCGUGGGUGUCGAGCUACAGUGGAACAGAGGAGCUGUUCGUCGAAUGUGCGGAAGUGUCGCUAGUGCGUCCGACGCAAAUGCUGAAGCAAAAUGUUUCCAGCAUGGCAACGUUCGUGUACGAAGGUGUGAAGACUGUAGGGGACAAGGUGGUCACACUGUCACGCCACAUGAGCGGGGGCUCUGAGACCAGCGGGAGUUUGCCGGGAGUGUUGACGGAGUGUGAGUCCAUCGAGGAUGUGAGCAUAGAGGAGUGCAAGGCACCAACUGUUCCAAGCAUUACGUCCAGUUUAAGGUGUGAUGUAAGUCCGUUCUCGUCAAGCACGGGGGCCAGCGAUCGAGGCGAUGGCUCGGAGUCAGCCCUGGCGGAUCGGCUGAGCGAGCUGGUGCGUGCGGGCAGCCGACUGCUGAGCCCCGAGCUGUGGUCGUGGGGUGGCUCCAGCCACGGCCAGCUGGGCGUCGGGGACACAAGCAAGCGAGCACGGCCAACGCUCGUCUCCCGUCUGGCCGGCCAAGGCGUGCACGAAGUGGCAUGCGGCCGCCUGCAUGCCCUCGCCGUUACCCUGGAUGGUCGGGUGUUCACGUGGGGUGGCAACGUCUGCGGGCAGGUGUCCCAGGUGCAGAGCUCUCCCCGCCAUGUGGCCAGUCUAGUGGAGAGGGCUUGGAGUGUGGCUGCAGGCGACUGUCACAGCCUGGUGUUGACUCUCCCAGGGAAUGUCUUUUAUCUAAGUAAAACCAGUGACAAGCCAGCGGGAAGUCCGGUCCCAAUUGCGUUCCAGGAGGAGCCUGCAGUCUCCAGAAAGCACAUAUUCUGCAGCAAAGAUGUGAGCGGCUGCCUGGUUUCGGACAGCCCUGUGUCGCCGGCCGUCCAGGACCUGGCUAUCGAACAGCUGUUCCUGGAGGAGUUGUGCCUGGUCAGCCAGUCGCUUGUCAGGCCAGUGCAGAGAAAGAGUCUGGCCACGUCGGAUGCCAGCAUGUAUGAGGUGCUGUGUUCGUGCCACGAUGACCUGGUCAGCCUGACCGCGCUCAACGUGCGCACAUACCGGGAGUACUGCGAGGGCAGGACGGACGCCAGCAGCAUCACGUUCGUGCGGUGUGUGGAUGAGCUGGUGAGGGCCUACAGGAGCUACUUGAACGCUGCGUGCGACGUGAUGUCACUGAGCGGCUUCGCGAACAUCCCCAAGAUGGUGGAGGUGCCUCCCGGUCUGGCGGGGGUGUUCGCGGAGCGACUGCAGCCGGGGCGGGGUGGCAAGUCGGCGGAGGGAGUGGUGACUUGCGCUCUUCUGCAACCGCUGAGCCGCCUGCACAUGUACAAGUGCAUGAUCCAGUCCCUGCUGCUGCGGAGCACGGGGCGGGAGGAAGAGGAGCGUCGACUGCGAGAUGCACUGGCCAGGUGGGGGCAGUUGUGGGAUGAGCAGGAGAGCCGGCGACGCGAGGCAGACACCACACGCCGGUUCUGGGAGAGUGCGGGCAGAGUGGUGGAGUUGCUGCGUGCGCCCAGAAGGCGCUUGGUCAGGGAGUCUCGCUCCCACCCCAUCUACAUGCUCAACUCGGGCAGGUUUUCCUCUCACUGGUUCAUUCUGCUCAGUGACAUCCUGGUGCAUGUCACCGGGGGGAGCCACACCGUGCAUCCCCUGGACACCAUCUGGGUGGAGCCACUCCAGGAUACAGACACGUUGCAGAAUGCCUUGCUGCUGACAAUGCCAGAGGAAACACUAACUCUGUACACACCCAUGGCGUUUGACAAGUCGGAGUGGCUGCAAGCCUUUAAUGCAGCCAUCAAGAAAAGUCUCCAGAAGAGCCACCUACACUUUCCGCCCUCUGCCCGGACGGCCAGCUACACGUUCACCAAACACCCACAGUACAAGGAUGCCAAGUACACAGGUCGCUGGAUCAGCGGCAAGCUUCACGGCCCCGGGAAGCUGGAGUGGGUGGAUGGCCGCACGUACGCGGGACAGUUCCAGAACAGCCAGAUUCAGGGAUACGGCCGCAUGGACACCCCUGAAGCGAGCACAUACGAGGGGCAGUGGAAGGAUGGGCAGCAGAAUGGCGUUGGAAUCAUGAAGUAUGAGAAUGGAGAUAUGUACGAGGGUCACUUCAAGGAUGGGAAGGCCCAUGGGCACGGUGUUUACAAACAAGGACACUUCCUGGCUUCCGUGGCAUCUGUAUACAUUGGGGAGUGGGUGAACGGCAUGAAGCAGGGCUAUGGGGUCAUGGAUGACAUUGUGACAGGAGAAAAGUAUUUGGGCAGCUGGGCUAACAACAUGAAACAUGGUUGUGGACUGAUAGUCACUCUUGAUGGAAUAUACUAUGAAGGCAUAUUUAUCCAGGAUGUAUUGACUGGCCAUGGUGUGAUGGUGUUUGAAGAUGGAACUCAUUACGAAGGAGAGUUCCGGUCUGCAGGGAUAUUCAAUGGCAAAGGAACCCUCACGUUCAGCAGUGGUGACCGUCUGGAGGGGUCCCUGAUCGGGGUGUGGAGUGAAGGCAUCAAGGUCACGGGCACUCUGUUCAAGAGUGCUUCGUCUUUCCCCAGGAUAGUUCCAUCUCACCCAAGCUCGUUCGGGAAGCUGUGCGUGCACGCGAGCCAGAAGUGGAAGGCGGUGUUCCGGCAGACGCACGCUCAGCUGGGGCUGCUGGAGCCGGUGAGCCGGAGCGGGAGGGCGAACGCAGAUGUGCAGCGCGUGUGGGAGAACGUGGCAGUGUGCGUCUCCACGUCGCAUCAGGAGACCCAGCAGCGGACGAGGCAGGGCCGCCUGAGGGAGAGUGGCUCCGUCGACAAGCUGGACACCAUCCCGCAGUUCGGCAAGGACAGCAUCGACCGGGACUCGUACAAUGAGCUGCGCAAGUACCUGCUCAAGGCGUUCGAGAGCGCACACCACCCGCUGGGGCAGCUGUUGACGGAGCUGACGGCCGCCUACACUGCUACGUACGGUGGUGUGAGGGUGCACCCCUUGUUGCUGAGCCACGCUGUGGCAGAACUGCGCUCCAUCACGGUGCGGGUGUACGAGGUCGUGAGGCUCCUGUUCCCUGCGCUGCCUCUGCCCGGCCACGAAGCCGACCUCGACAGGAAGUUCUGGAUUGGCCACACGGAGUGUGUGCGGAACCGUGGCUGCGAGCAACAAGUGCCCCAAAACCAUGAAUUUUCGGCCCCGUAUGCGAAAGCAAUUGAAACGGUGCAGCAGCUGAAAACGACGUUCUCCCCGCUAGAGAAGCUGCUGGUGAUCCGUAGCACUUUCCAACAGAUGACCGCUGUGGUGCAGCAGGAGCUGGGGGCGACCUACCUGUGGACCAUGGACGACCUGUUUCCCGUGUUCCACUUCGUGGUGGUGCGAGCCCAGAUUCUGCAGCUUGGCUCGGAGAUACACUUCGUGGAGGACUUCAUGGAGCCACACCUGCAGAACGGCGAGCUAGGCAUCAUGUUCACCACGCUCAAGGCAUGUUACUACCAGAUACUCCAAGAAAAAAUUAUUUUGAACAGUUAACAAAAGGAAGAUCAUGUGUAACACAGUUUUGUGUUCGCACUGUGUGGAGACGACUGUGGUAAUGAUGGAUCAAAUUUGAUUUGAACUAGUCACUAGUCAGCCUCAGCAAACUUACAGAAUUGAUUGAAUAAAGUCUGCAGGCUACAUAUUUGCUAUUAACUCAGUUAUAUUUUUUUAUGUAAAAUAUUUGGUCUGUAAUUUUCAAUCAUAUUUUGUAUUAUUACUGGGUGUAUUUGAAGAGCUUGUUAUAGUUUUGAUAUUGUUGAUUACAGCAUUUAUUCGCGAUGUCA